UAAGAGCUACGGUUCGCGAUCAUUUAUUUAGAAAUAAAAGCUUUUUCUGAAUUAAUUUGCUGUUUAUUCCGAUGCGCGGCCUAAGUUUUAACGACCCAACGACACGAAAUCAUCGUGGACUAAUAUUUCCCAGUCAGUGAAUGGGAAUACUGGUGUGUCGACGUGCGAUCGGCUAUUUUUGUUUUGUAGCCGCAGUUUCGAAGUAAAUAUUGUUUUUAGUGUUGAAAUUGUGGUGCAGCGGUGCCUUUUUUAUUUAGAAUCUCAGUUGCACUCGGUGGACCGUGAAAACGUUGCAAUCGGUAUAAAAAAUAUACGUACUUUCGAAAUUCAUUUUCGUUACAAUCACGGCCUCAAAAAUAUCCCCAGUCUUCGAUUCAGUGCCAAAACCAAUUGAAGUGCUAAAUUUGCCAAAAUCUAAAACAAAAUUGUGUUUGUGAUUCGAAUGAUCGAAUACCAAGUUACUUUUUUCAAAGUUUUUUCUUGGUGUUUUUAUGCCAGUAUCAAGUGAGUGACAAUAUGUACAUAAAUGGCAUUUUUGCCAGUGAAAUUGCCAAUAUUUAGUGUGAAACGAAAAUGAGGAGGGUUUUCGGCGUGUGCUCAGACAGCUGGCUGCUAUGCGGACAGAAUGGCUCCCCGCACGGCUCGGUGAUGUCGUGCCAGUCGCUGGCCGCGCGCGCCUUCGCCGAGCCAGACAAGGAGGGCAUGACGCACUGCGCUGCUCUACACAGAUCGGUCCGCUUCAGUUCGGAGUCCCGCGGCUCGACGAGGGCAAGCAACAAUGAGCAGGACAGCAAGAGAGACGCGCCAGGGUCGAUAUCCCUCACAGCGUUGGCUGUGACGCCCGUGUCUCCGCAGAUGAGCCAGUCGGCGCCGUCCUCCACAGCUAUCUUCGAUCUCUCAGAAUCGGCCGGCCCCUCACCGGCAUCUUGUAGAUUCCCUAAACUUGAGGAGUGCGCUCACUUCCACUACGAGCGAGUUUCCUUGGGCGGUCUCUGUAUUGAGACGGUGCCGUGUGCGCAGGAGAAAUGUGAUUCUGACGAAGGCUGGGUGCGACUGAGAGUGCGGUCGCACGCGACGCCGGAGCCCGAGUGGACUCUCUCCAGGAACAAGGACAACUUCCUGCACCUCGACGAUAUGCUGCACAGAUGUAUAUACGAUCGCAAAGUGUCCGGUCUACCGAACUUAUCCGAGAAGAUCACGCCGACGCUGCUGCAAGACGAGGCAGAGUAUACAAGGCUGAUAGCUCACUACGUGCACCAUCUGUCUAUCAUCGCGGACGAUUCCAUCAAUUGCGGCCCAGUGUUGAAUUGGCUGCAGAUGGACAAUAAAGGACAUAAGUUGCUGGUGGCCAAUGAAGACUCGAGUUCUAUCAACACUCCGGCCGUUGCCGCGGCAUAUUCCGUCAGAAAAUAUGUUUCGCAGGCCCGAGACGAAAUAAGCUUCGAUGUUGGCGACAUGAUCUCCAUUAUAGAUAUGCCUGGCCCUCAAGAAUCGUUGUGGUGGCGAGGCAAGCGUGGUUUUCGAGUGGGGUUCUUCCCCCACCACUGUGUGGCCGUCAUCGGGGACAAGGUGCCCCGCCACAUGACCCAACCGCCGCCCAUAGUGGGAUCAGUAGCAGUGGCCCCAAUCAAACCGGUGCUCCGCAAGCACGGCAAACUUAUAUCGCUGUUCAGGAGCUUCAUACUCUCACGACCUUCGCGCAGAAGUCUCAAACAGCAGGGCAUAUUGAGGGAGAGGGUGUUUGGAUGCGACCUUGGUGAACAUCUACUCAAUUGUCAGAGAGAAGUGCCCCUCGUACUAGAAGCGUGCGCAGGCGCAAUAGAAGCCCGCGGCGCCGUCGACGGCGUCUACCGUCUGUCCGGCGGCUCGGGCUUGACACAACGGCUACGGUCCGAGUUCGAUUCCGGCGGCGCCCCGGACCUCACCACCGCUGCUGUAGCGAGAGACCCGCACGCGGUUCCUAGUCUUCUGAAAAUGUAUUUCCGUGAGCUGCCGAACCCGCUGUGCACGUACCAGCUGUACUCGAGCUUCGUGCGCGGCGUGCAGCAGCGCGACGACGGCGAGAAGCUGCGCGCGGUGCGCGAUACUGUGCACAAGCUGCCGCCGCCGCACUACAGGACCCUAUCGUACCUGAUGCGCCACCUCCGCCGGAUAUCGCUGCUGGGCGCGCAGACCGGCAUGACGGCGCGCAACAUGGCGAUCGUGUGGGCUCCCAACCUGCUGCGCUCGCCCGCGCCUGCGCACGCGCUGCAGGGGGUCGCCGUGCAGGCGGUGGUGACGGAGUUCCUGAUAUGUUACGCCGAGGAGCUGUUCGCUGAGGAGCAGGGGGCGGAGUCCGGGGACUCCGGGCCUAGUUCACUGGACCACGAGCAGUGUGAGGCUGUGGAGCUCCGCGGCCACGACUCCGGCCGCAGACCCAAGAGUCUACCUCUCAACCCGCCGACCAAAUUGCUAAGCCUGGAGGAGGCGCGCCGCCGCGGACGCCCGCCCACCGUCCUCCCCGCCAGCCCGCCGCCGCCCGCCGCCGCCCGCGCAUACGACACGCAGCUGCGACCCACUGGAGACCUGAGGCCUAAGUAUAUUGAGGUUGGAUCGGGACCUAACAAUCUGCCUCAAUAUCACACCGUACUAGAUCUACCAUUGUCAGGCGCCAAACGUGCGUUGAAACGAUCGCCGUCAGGUUGGCGAGGGUUGUUCUCCCGCAACAAGCUGCAGCGCCCGCGCACCUGCCGUCCACCCUCACCCACGGAGUUGCCCCUCACCCCCGCUAUGCGGCCGCCGCCGCCGCCGCCGCUGCGCCCGGCGCGGUCGUGCGACUCACUGGGCUCGGAGCCCGACGCGCCGCCGCCGCGCGCGCGCGCAGCUCCGGCUCCUCUCAAACACCACACCAGAUCAGCAUCGUGCGACUCCUACUUCGAGCCAUGGCAAGCGGAGCUGGCGGACAUGAGAUUGAGACUGUCUCCGCAGGAGAGGGACUUGCACAUGUUCAGCGAGGAGGACGACACCCACCUGCAGUAUGUGGAACAACAGGACUCGUUGUGUUCGACCCCGCCGGAGUCCGGGUUGUGUUCAGUAGAGGCCAGCCCGAGGAGGAAUCAGGAUGAGCUCGACAAUGAUCAGGAACUGUUAGAGAGCCGGCGCCGGGCGCGCCAGUGGGAGCUGUCGUCGCUGCGCUACAUCGACGGGGAGUCGCCGCGCGCGCGCGCUGCGCCCGAGAAGCGGCCCUGCCAGCCGCGCGUCUGCAGCCCCGCGCGCGCUGACGUCGCCAAGCGACUGUGCAAGGACAGAGAUAGUCCAAAGUCUUCGACUUCCGACUUCCAAACUUCACCUGGAAAUGUCAAAAUGAGAGAGCGUAACUCCCCGCGAAAGACUAAAAACCCGUCGCGAUACAGCGGCAUGCAUCACCCAAUCACGAUAGACGAUAAUAACGUCACAAUCAGCUCCCGACUCAGUUGGCACGGCAAAGAUAACCAUUCAACUCUGAUCAAAGUUGAUUGGCCCAUUGAGAACACCUCUGCUAGUAAUCUAACAACAAGCACCAUAAACUCUAGUCCUAUAACGCCUGUAACACCCGUGUACGACCCUUUAGAGAGCGAUUCUGAGUUUAGUGAACACAACAAACACACAAUAACUAUAAAAAGUGCUGAUUGUAACAAUUGCGGUGAAGAAAAAUGUUUAAAAUGUGAAUUGAAAGCGACUGAUUAUGGAAAUGUCGCUACUGACAAUCUGGCUGAGUUACACGAUAGUUUAGAACAUAGUCCUGUACAUUCUACAGAUAUUAGCUAUCAGAAUCUAAAUAGACUAUCGGCUGUAUCUACCUCGUCUAAUUCGGAACAUAAUUCUGAUAAAAAGAAAGAGGUCAACUAUGAGAAUUGUGAUCUUAAAGUAAUGACGUCAUCGCAUGAAAGUUCAUCCAGCUACACUAACAGCCUGCCAAAGCUUGACGAAUAUGAAAGCUACAACUUCUCUAGGCCUAACUAUAUCAAUUUGCAAUCAUCUAGCACUUCAAAAAGCUCGCCUGGUAGCCCAUUGAAAAGCCCGUUGAAAUCUACCAUUAGUAUCACUUUUAGGUCUCCGAGUAAAACUAAAACGCCAGAUUAUGAACCCAUAGACAAUAUUGACACGCCGACUAAUGAUAGAGAUUCUGUAUACGAAGAUAUAGAUUUGGAGAAAAACCUAUCGAUAGUCGAAGAAGCGCAAGUACCUGAAACCGAUGCGAGUUUGCCAACACAACAGGCGUGCCAACCUGAAGAUUUCGCUGAAGAUCUAAUUAUAUUGGAAACACCAACAGAACAAACGAAAUUUGAUGAUAAUGUAGAUGUUUACAGUCAAGUUAAAUUCUUCAAAAAGAGCAUAGAGGAAGUCAAUGCUAUGAUUCUCGAGACUCCAGAGAAGGAUGAAAGGCACUACGAGAAUUUAGCUCUUGUUGAAGCGAGACAAGAAUUUGACAAUAUCAACGUCGAAGCCUUAAAAAUUUGCGAUAAAGGCUUGGAAAUAAAUCAAGUCGACAAUGAAUUGAUUAAAACUGAAAAAGACAAUGGGAAUAUUAUUAAAGCUAAAGUAUCUAAUUUGAACGUUAGAGAGCUAGCGAUUAGAUUUGAAAGUCCCACAGAACAGAAAGGACCGUUUACGUUUGAAAAAUUCAAGGCUGAAAUUAAAUACCCCAGCUUGGAGAGGAAAGAGGAAGACAAGAUUGAAAAGAAAGAGAUGAAACUACCGCCACCAGUCUCUCCGAAAACGUAUAAGUUGUCUAAAAAUUCAUGCAACGCGCGAUCGUUAGACGAAAACGCGUUUGUAAAGGAAUUCGGUUCGGAGAAAAACUAUAUAGACAGACGGAAAAGUUUAGAAGUGAGAGAUGUUAAGAGACAAUCCAAAUUUCUGCCAGAUUUAAAUUUGAACACGGAAGAGAAUGAACAAAAAGCUAGUGUAACUCCAACGACCGAAAACAAACUGUGUUUGAUACAACGCCCUACCGACAUCAAAAACCUAAUACCAUUCGACACGGACAAGAAAUUGAGUAGAGAACGGAUUGAGAAAUACAAAGAGGAACGGAGGAAUUUCCUGAGGGAGAAAUACAGCAGUCAGUCUUUUAGGAGUAACCCAGAGCAAUUGACGAGGAUAAAGAUUAAGAAAGACGUGGAAGAGUGUGACCGAUUGCAGGAGGAGUUGCCUAAAUUUGAGAGGAGGAAUACGGUAGAUCUUGGACAGAGAAUGAGAUUCUCCUUAGCCAGGUCCAGCCAUAAUUUGGACACGAUUCAAUCGCCGACCAGUCCGGAGUGUGGGGAGAGCAGUAAGAAUAGGAAAAGAGAGUUUGAUAGAAAAGAGAAAGUCUCCCCGUCAUACAACAUCCGCGACAUGGCGGCCAUGUUCGAACAGAAGUCCUGCAACAGCUCCGGCUGACACUCGGCUAGUGAUAAAUAAACACAUAAGCAGAGCAAUCCGCGGAACAAGGACAGAUAUAUCUGUUUUUCGUUAUAUUCAUUAAAACUUACUCAGUAGUUUUAAGAUAUUUUGCUAAUUUAACAUUUGCGGUAAUUUUCUAAAACGUAAAUCAUAUAAAUUUCACAUUAUUUAAUGAAAACGUUACAUCUUUUCUAAUUGCGGAAUAGACAGAGUCGCAGCCCCAAAAAACGCCAUUUAACCGUGAAUGUUACAUUUCCAAAAUUAUUAGUUAAUUGUUACGUUGACCUAUUUAUUUAUUUUUAUACUACCCUCUUUUUUAUUAUUAUUGUUUAUGAACUUAACAUCACAAAGCUUAGUGUUAAUUAAUUUUAUGCAGUGUACUUUUGGCAGUGGAAUUUGCAUUCCUUGUACAUUCGAUUCGUAUAAUACAAAUUCGUUUAUUGCUACAGAAAAGAAUAUAUACCCGAAUGAUAUGGUAAUCAUAAUUGCCUGUAUUUAAAGACCGAUUGUUCUCAUAAAAAUACAGAUACAAUAUCACUUCUUUAUCCCUUACGGGGAAGACAGAGCCACGAGCUGCGAAACUCGAAGGCUAUAAAAAUUUUCAGUUUAUAAGCCCUUCAUCUCGAUUGGUGGAACACUGGCAAGAAAGUGCCCGCGGUCCACCCAGGUGAACAUAACAGGUGGACCACGAACGACGCUCAGCGCACGUUUCACUCGAACAGAAUUGUGCCUGUAACACUGCACAGUCACUUCGUAAUCUACUAUUAUUUAUGUACAUUUGUUGGCUUAAUGUUAUAUGGGAUUUUCGUAAAUAAAUUAUAAUUUUCUCAGUAAUCUAUACAGAUUAAUAAUUAAUCUUUUUAUACGAGAAAUCACAAAAGAAGAAAACACAGAAAUAUUGUUGAUAUUUGUGUUUUAUCGGGUUGUGUUUGUUUGAUAUUAAAUUUGAUAAGUUAAAUAUUCGAAACUAUAAUUUGGUGAGGAAUAUUACAAAUGGUUGCAGUAAUAAAUGUUAUAUUAUUGUAGCGGCCCGCCCCGGCUUCGCUCGGGUAAAACCUUACUAAAUACACCUAAACCUUCCCCGGGAAUUACACUAUAUAUUUAAAAAAUCCGCAUCAAAAUCCGUCGCGUAGUUUUAAAUAUCUAAACAUACAUAGGGACAGACAGCGGGAAGCUACUUUUUUUUAUACUUUUUUAAACUCAAAUUCAAAAUUCUUUAUUCAAUUUAGGAUGAUAUACAUCACUUAUUGACGUCAAAAUAUUACUUAAACUUAAAUUAGUGACUUUAACAAGUAUGACUGAAAAAUUGAUCGCUGCGUGCGCUGCAGUAGGAAAAUACGAAAAUUCUUAAUAUUGUCAUAGUAACCGUUUUUGCUACGAAUAUAACCAGACGGUUUAAAAAACCACUAAUAAAAACCGUUAUGCGCUGUUAGCCAAGCUCGCGUCAGCGCGAUGCAUUUCUUUUUAUUCUCAAAAUCUGUCUCACUUCUAAAUAUAUUUGCUCGCCCAGACGCGUAGAAAAGUUUACGCAGUUAAGUUUAAGUAAGUUUAACCUUAAUUUCUCAAGCAAAUACGGUUACCGUAACCCUAAAUAAGAAUUGUUUGUGCAUGAGCCGUACUAGUUUAUAAUACAGAGUUUUCAGGGAUUUUAUAACGUAAUAAAAUCGUUAUUGUAACAUAAACUGAAUUACGAAUAAAUACAUCCUUAAAUCAAGGGACUAAGUGCUAAAUUAAUCAGUCAAAUUGUAAGUUUUGACUGUUGGAAACCCAAUUGUGACAGUUGCUUCGUAGUUUUCGCCUGAUAUAUUGAAAGUCUAGCUUUUUAAAUCGGGUUU